UGAAGCCUCUGAAAUCCGAAUUGAGUGUUUGAAGAAAAACUCGUGACUCGCGCAAGGGAAAACGCCAUUUCUCGAAUCCAGUUCUUCAGAAUUCACAGCCUCUUCUUUGUUUUUUUCCUCUCUUUCAUCGAACUCACUCAGCCUCUGCUUCUGAUUAGAGAGAGGGAUUCAUCGGAAGUUUUUGUUCUCCGAUCUCCGUUGAUUUUUCGGAUGGCGAUCUCCGACCGGCAACAGUCGCGCUCGGACAAGAAGUUGUUCAGGCUUUGCCCUUUCUGGCAGACGGGAGCUACUUUCUCUUCUUCGUCGUCUACGCAGCACCUGAACCAUGGUAGCCACCGUGGUCGCCAUAGUAAUCGGAAUCCGGAUAUUUCCGGCGGCUCCAGGCCUUCCUCCGCCGUGACUGUCUCCUCCAUCGCCAGAUCGCUCCUCCCGACUCACCGUCGUCUCCGGCUAGAUCCUUCCGGUUACCUCUACUUCCCGUAUGAACCUGGCAAACAAGUUCGGAGUGCGAUUAAGCUGAAAAACACAAGCAAAUCUCAUACUGCAUUUAAGUUUCAAACAACUGCACCAAAGAGCUGUUACAUGCGUCCUCCCGGUGGUGUCUUGGCGCCCGGAGAGAGUAUUAUCGCGACCGUGUUCAAGUUCGUGGAACAUCCAGAGAACCACGAAAAACAGCAGUUGGACCAGAAGAGCAAGGUUAAGUUUAAGAUAAUGAGCCUGAAGGUGAAACCAGGAAUAGAGUAUGUUCCUGAGCUGUUUGAUGAGCAAAAGGAUCAAGUAACAGUAGAGCGAAUCUUGCGGGUCGUGUUCCUUGACGUAGAGCGCCCGAGCCCUGCGAUGGAGAAACUAAAACGUCAACUGGCAGAAGCGGAAGCGGAACUCGAAGCCCGAAAGAAGCCAGUGCCCGAGACAGGUGCUCGUGUAGUUGGGGAGGGACUUGUUAUAGACGAAUGGAAGGAGAGGAGGGAGAAGUACCUUGCUCGACAACAGGUCGAAGCCGUAGAUUCCUCCUGAAACACGGUGACUAAACUCCUCUCUUUCUCUUCUCUUCUCCCGAUGCCUCUAUUCUCUCCGAAACUUGGCGUCGUCCCCAUCUGAAUUCAAUGAGGACAACGAAUGAGUUUGAUAGCUUCCCCCAUGCGCUGCGUUUUGUCGCUUCUUCUGUCUUUUUCGUUGUGUAUAUAAGCUCUAUGGUUAUUUUUUUUCCCCUGGUUUAUGGGAAUAAACGGCCAGAUUAGAUGGGCAUAUCAUCAAAUCUAAGUCAUGUAUCUCUGUGUGUGUGUGUAUCUUUAAGGCGCUUCAUUUUUCUUUGUGUCAUCUCUUAUGUUUCUAUGUUCUGUAAUCUCUUGGAUCCUUUUGUUCUGCCAAUCUCUUGCAAUGUCGUGUAGUGUGCGUGUGAUUCACCUCGGUUUGUGUUCUCAAUAAAUGUGAUCUGCUUGCUUAUGUUU